AUCACAAAAUCAAAUGAAGCAACAUUCUGUUUAAAAAGUUGGUCUCUGCAGCUCCAAGAGGGCCAGUCAGUCGACUUGCUGCCAUCAUGCAGGACCUGCACAAACUUCUGCUCCUUCAUGUUCUGAUAUAUCUCGGACAAAAUGCGCUUGGAGCUAAAAUCAUAAAUGGGGUAAAAGUCCCGGAGGACUCAAUGCAGUAUAUGGCUUCAGUGCAGACAACAGACGGACAUAUGUGUGGAGGCUCCCUCAUCAGAGGCAACUUCGUCCUCACUGCUGCACACUGUGAUGGUGAUGAUGAUGAUGAUGUACCAGUGAGGGUUGUUUUGGGCACCCACGAUCUUAGUAAAACUGGGACAGUAAGAACCAUUGAGCAGAGAUGCAAACACCCUGAUUAUCAGCCGGACACAUUAGAAAAUGACAUCAUGCUCCUCAAACUGUCUCAGAGUGUUCCAGUGGGUGAAACAAUACAACACAUUCGACUUCCCCCUCCUAACAUGAACCUCCGACCCAAACAACUCUGCAGUGUAGCUGGAUGGGGAGUGACCGAAGCUGGUAGACUUGUUGAUGAGCUUAGAGUGGCGCUUGUGCCUGUCAUCAACCAGAAAGUCUGUAGACGACAAUGGGAUGAGAUUCCUGACCAUGUCAUCUGUGCAGGUGGAUAUCGAACACACAACGGAUUCUGCAAUGGUGAUUCUGGUGGUCCUCUGGUGUGCAACGGGACGGCUGUUGGCGUUGUAUCUUUCGGAGAUCUGUUAUGUUGGGACCGACAGUUACCCAAUGUCUACACAGACGUGUCCAAGUUCCUUCCCUGGAUCGACCAGAUUGUCAAGGAAAAUGGUUGUUAAAUGCAACAACCUUACACAAAGCUUUGCUUCAGCACACCUUCAUUGUAUUUAGGAGGUGUAGUUACGUCUAAGUUGCUCUGUCAGUGUUUGCUCCUGAACGCAAAGCAAAAUAAAAAAAAUGUUUCAACUGUU